CUGAAGGUAGUCAUUAUCACUAUUUGACAGUUUUCUUCAGAAUUAUCCUUUUAUUUGCCUCUACCUACUAGUUGUAAGAUCCAUAAGAGUAGGAAGUUUGUGUUUAUCUUCAGCUGUGUUUAGAAAAGCUGAAAUAGCCCCUAGCAUACUGGCAUAAAGUGGGUUUUCAAUAAAUGAGUUUGACUGAAUACAUAUAAUAAGUUACAUGAGGUCAGGAUGUUAUCAGAGCGCUACUUAAUUCUCCUUAACAAAUUCAGAAUUUCACUGUGGAAGACUUUUCACAAUUUGGAUAACAAAAAUUAACAUAGUACCAGUAUGAGUUAAGAUAGUGCUAGCCUUUGUACUAAACCAAAUAAGACAUAAUGGUUCAAACACAAUAGAAAUUUAUUUCUCUUUUGCAUGAAAUCCAUAGCAAGUACUCUUUAUCACUUAGUGGACAGUUUCCUUGUAAGCAGUGAUUUAGGGAUCCUGGCCUCUUCAUUUUGUGACUCAGUUGUCUAACCUUCAGUCCAAAACUUCUGCUGUCUUCCACAGAGACUGUCUUGAUGCAAGAACAAAUAUCAUGGCAGGUCUUGUGGAAGAUUUUUAUAAGUAAGGUAUGGAAACAGCAUACAUCACUUCUGUUUAUCCAUACUCCAGAGGCUUGAAUUCAGUUAAUAUUGGCACAUGUGGAACGGGAAGGGAGGUUGGGAAAUGUAGUCUAGCUGUGUUUCCCAGCAGGAGGACAUUGGUGAAUAGCUAGCCAAGUUUUGGCUGUUUUAUUGCAUUUUAUUGUAUACAGACCUAAGGAAAUUUGCAUUUGGAUGUAAGGGAGCUUUUAUAUCUUUUAGUAGAGUUAAAAAUUACUUGUGGGUUAACAUUUUAAAUUCUGUGUGAGGCUUUCUCCCCAAAUCAACUCUUUAUUUUUGUCCAAAAAGAAAGCAGUUUAAGGAUCCUACAUAGAUCCUAUAGGAUUCUUUUUUCCUUGACUUUAAACACUCAUUCCCUAACUCCAUACUCCCUUGAGCGUUUUUACAGCUGGGAUAACCAAGCUCAGUCCCUUUGGAGCUCAUCAAAGUUGGUGCCUAAUUGGUCAUAGAAGCUCUCCUCUGGUUAUUACCAGUGACUCUCCUCCCUCUCUGGGGAUUGCUGUUUCCAUGGCACCAGUUCCAUUUGGUCCUGGAAAACAAGAGACUGAAACUCAAGUUUUAGUAACUGCAGAAUAUUAUCAGUAUUACUAUGUGUAUAAUCACAAAUUUUGCUAAAAAAUACAUUUAUUGGGUUGGUUUUUGCAUUAGAAAAUGAAGUUAUGAUUAUAUUAGCGUAAAGUUUCUUUAAGGUGUUUACUGUUUAAAUAAGAAGAAAGAUGCAAAGACUGGGUUAGAAUAUGGCCCAAAAUAAUAAAUAUGUAGAGUCAGGAUACAAAGGAAAAUGGGUAUAGAUUUUGAAACCUUUUAUCCAAGGGCUUUGUAACCAAGUCAUUUGAACCGUUCGAGCUUCCAUUUCUUCAGCAAUUAAGUGCAGCAUCUGGGCUCUUUGUAAGUAUUCAACAAAUAGAUGCCAAAUACACAGCACAUUGCUCAUUACAUAGUACUUGCCCCCAAAAUAAUGGCAGUAAUUAUUACUAACAUGAAGGAAAAAAACACAAAGGCAUUUGGGACUUAAAUAGGUGAAAUUCAUGCUACCCAGAAGAUGAUUUUUAAGUCACCUGAGUUAGUACAAACAGUUGCUAUGCAUUUUAUUGAAAAUUGCUUGGACUGAGUGAUCUAAAAUUUUUUGGAAUUCCUCAGAGAAAUGUGUGCUUUUCAGAACAGUGGUUAUUGGUGGUUGCAAGUAAAUUAAAAGGAAAAGGGAUUAUAUACUGUGCAUGCGUGUAUUUGGAGUGAGAAUGGUGUGGCUGUCACUUGAAAAACCAGCAUAAAACUGUGUUUCUUAACAGAGAACAGGACAUUUAGACUUAUAUAAAUAAUUAAUCAACUACCUAGUAUUUCUCCGGAAAAUUAUUAAACAGUUUGUUUUAGGUUUCAGGUAAACAUUUUCAUUGUGAAAAAAUACAGAUAUCUUUCAGAUGACAAACUUUCAGUGGUUCUGAUACUAAUUAUAGAACUGCUCUCACUAUGCCAGGUGUCUUUAGUUAAUGUGAUGAAAUUAGCUGACUAGCUGAUACUGUAACUAACUCUAUAUAUGUGUGCAUCAUUUUCUUCUGAUUGUCAAAUGUUAGGGAAAUCAUAUAUAUCAGGCAAGGUUUUGUUUCUGCCAGAACGACCUACCAGAAUGGAGUUGCUUUCCUCUGUUACAUUAUGAGGUUCUCUCUCAAUUUAAGAAAAAAGUACUUUGAUAAGGAACGUCAAACAGAAAUGACCUCAGCAAUGCUGGCUUUGAAUGCUUUUAAGGCUCCCAUGAUGGAACUCUAUGAAGGAGUUAAAAAGAAGUUUACAUUUUAUACAGAUUUAAUGAUUUCUGGAUAUGUGAUCUCAAGACCUUUAAAGAUUAGUUUACAAAGUAAAUAACAAAUGAUUUUGUAAAGAACCUGCAAGACAAAUGAAAAAUCAACUUUACUAAUAAAUCUCAAACAACUUGGAAGGAAUGAAAUUGUUGGAUGACUCAAGAAGUGACUUUGUGAUCUCAGAGUCAUUGAUACUGGAGAUGCAGGUAUAAAGUUUUAAUAAAUUUGUUUUGUGAAAGUAAGAAAUUAUUUCAAAUUAUCUUCCUGUAUGAUUUUGAAAUUGGUAUAAUAAACUACAUUACUAAUUGAUAUAGGCAACCACUUGACCAUUUUAUCUAUAUCCAUAACAGUUCUCAAGUCAUAUAACAAAUUAAUAAAUACAUUAAAAUUUAAUGCUCAAGUCUAUGUGCUCCGGAGCCAGAUAUCCAGGGCCAAAAUCUAUCUCUGCCACCUUUUGCUGUAUGAUCUUGGUGCAGAUUGCUUAACAUUUUUGAGUCUUAGUUGCUGCCUAUCUAAAAUGGUCACAGUAAUACCUACUUCAUAAGAUUGUCGUAUGAAUUAAAUAGCUAAUAUUAUGUGCAAAUGCUUAGAACAGGGCCUGGUACAUAGUAACUGAUAUUCAGGUGACCUUACUGCCUUCUUUUUGAGAAAAAUGGACAUAGCCUUUCAUUUUGGAAUAUAUGAUACUUGGAUUAUACACUUUUCCAUCAUACUAAAGGAUUCUCCUUUUCUGUUUUGAAGUAAAGUUCAUGUGGAUUUCCUUCUAUUCAGUGUUUCUUUUAACAUCCAGUAAAAAAGCCUUUCUAAAAGUAUUUGCUCAAAAAUACCAAUCAUGACUGAUAACCUUUCAAUUAAUUUACUAGUUUUGAUUGUUUAGUUUCUUCAAAAGGGGUUCCUAGAUGUUACUUUUGUGUUCAAAUUAUCCCUGUUUCAUAAAUGUAGGAAUUGAAUUUUAGAUAGAUUAUAAUUUACCCAACUGUCACCAGUGAAGAUUAUGAUUUGUUUAUGUGUUACUAAAGCUAAACAAAAUUAAUAAGGGUGGCUUUUCUACCUACUCGGGAGAGGGCUAUGUCACUACCAUAUUUCAGUGGCCAAUUCUUUUUAUGUUUGGACAGAAAAGCCAUGUGAAGUAGUCAUGCAUUUAAGCUAUAUCUUAAUACCAAGUCUUUCUAAAACAUCAUUUUAAUGUUGGAAAAUAGCAAGGAACUUUUGAAAUAAAUCAUUACCACAUUUGCACCCCCUGCACAGUGGUGUUUUCUGUGCAGAUUGUCCUCCAAAGGCAGUGUGUUGAGAAUGACAAGAAUAACAUUUUGUGGUCAAAUCACACCCAGCUGGGAGUGUGUCUGGAUCAAAUGCAUGCCUAUCACGGAGGCUUUCGCAGUCAAAAAUAAUAAGACUAAACAAACAAAAGCACAAACUCCCCAAAGUGUUACCAUUUUGAGAGAACUCUUAGCUCUGAAAAUUUGAAUGUUUGUAAAAGAAAUUGGACUAUAAGCAAAACAUGACAUUGAGGUUAUUAUGUAAGAUUUAGCACAGUAUGCUAAGCAGUGAGUUUCUCUAUGUAAACAUGAUUUAUUUAAAAUAUAAUAUACAGACUUUUGGGAGAAUACAUAUAAUAAGUAAACUACUGUAAUGGUAAUGGUGAGUAUGGCAGUAUCAAAAAGUAAGUUAGUUUUUGUUUUUUUUUUAUUGAAUUUGGAAGAUAUCUGACCUAGGAUGAUGGAGGAUCGUGACUGGAAAAAUGACAGAGAGAAUGAAAAGGAAGAGAGGCAUCUGUGAGCUUCCUGCAGAUUUCACAAAACUACACCUUACUGAUAGUCUCCACCCACAGGUGACCCACGUCUCUUCUAGCCAUUCAGGAUGUAGUAUCACUAGUGAUUCUGGAAGCAGCAGUCUUUCUGAUAUAUACCAGGCCACAGAAAGUGAGGCUGGUGAUAUGGACCUGAGUGGGUUACCAGAAACAGCAGUGGAUUCUGAGGAUGAGGAUGAUGAAGAAGACAUUGAGAGGGCAUCAGAUCCUCUGAUGAGUAGGGACAUUGUCAGAGACUGCUUGGAGAAGGACCCAAUUGACAGGACAGAUGAUGACAUUGAACAACUCUUGGAAUUUAUGCACCAGUUGCCUGCUUUUGCCAACAUGACAAUGUCAGUGAGACGAGAACUCUGUGCUGUGAUGGUGUUUGCAGUGGUGGAAAGAGCUGGAACCAUUGUGUUAAAUGAUGGUGAAGAGCUGGACUCCUGGUCAGUGAUUCUGAAUGGUUCUGUGGAAGUGACUUAUCCAGAUGGAAAAGCAGAAAUAUUAUGUAUGGGAAAUAGUUUUGGUGUCUCCCCUACCAUGGACAAAGAAUACAUGAAAGGAGUAAUGAGAACAAAGGUGGAUGACUGCCAGUUUGUCUGCAUAGCCCAGCAAGAUUACUGCCGUAUUCUCAACCAAGUAGAAAAGAACAUGCAGAAAGUUGAGGAGGAAGGAGAAAUUGUUAUGGUGAAAGAACACCGAGAACUUGAUCGAACUGGAACAAGAAAGGGACACAUUGUCAUCAAGGGCACCUCAGAAAGAUUAACAAUGCAUUUGGUGGAAGAGCAUUCAGUGGUGGAUCCAACGUUCAUAGAAGACUUCCUACUGACAUAUAGGACUUUUCUUUCUAGCCCAAUGGAAGUGGGCAAAAAGUUAUUGGAGUGGUUUAAUGACCCGAGCCUCAGGGAUAAGGUUACACGGGUAGUAUUAUUGUGGGUGAAUAAUCACUUCAAUGACUUUGAAGGAGAUCCUGCAAUGACUCGCUUUCUAGAAGAAUUUGAAAAUAAUCUGGAAAGAGAGAAAAUGGGUGGACAUCUAAGGCUGUUAAAUAUUGCAUGUGCAGCUAAAGCAAAAAGAAGAUUGAUGACAUUAACAAAACCAUCCCGAGAAGCUCCUUUGCCUUUUAUUUUACUUGGAGGCUCAGAGAAGGGAUUUGGAAUCUUUGUUGACAGUGUAGAUUCAGGUAGCAAAGCAACUGAAGCAGGCUUGAAACGAGGGGAUCAGAUAUUAGAAGUAAAUGGUCAAAACUUUGAAAAUAUUCAGCUUUCAAAAGCCAUGGAAAUUCUUAGAAAUAACACACAUUUAUCUAUCACUGUGAAAACCAAUUUAUUUGUAUUUAAAGAACUUCUAACAAGAUUGUCAGAAGAGAAAAGAAAUGGUGCCCCUCACCUUCCUAAAAUUGGAGACAUCAAAAAGGCUAGUCGCUACUCCAUUCCAGAUCUUGCUGUAGAUGUAGAACAGGUGAUAGGACUUGAAAAAGUAAAUAAAAAAAGUAAAGCUAACACCGUUGGAGGAAGGAACAAGCUAAAAAAGAUACUCGACAAGACUCGGAUCAGUAUCUUGCCACAGAAACCCUAUAAUGAUAUUGGGAUUGGUCAGUCUCAAGAUGACAGUAUAGUAGGAUUAAGGCAGACAAAGCACAUCCCAACUGCACUUCCUGUCAGUGGGACCUUAUCGUCCAGUAAUCCUGAUUUACUGCAGUCACAUCAUCGGAUUUUAGACUUCAGUACUACUCCUGAGUUGCCAGAUCAAGUGUUAAGGGUUUUUAAGGCUGAUCAGCAAAGUCGAUACAUCAUGAUCAGUAAGGACACCACAGCGAAGGAAGUUGUCAUUCAGGCCAUCAGAGAGUUUGCUGUGACAGCCAGCCCUGAUCAGUAUUCACUGUGUGAGGUCUCCGUCACACCUGAGGGGGUAAUCAAACAAAGAAGACUUCCAGACCAGCUCUCCAAACUUGCUGAUAGAAUACAACUGAGCGGAAGGUAUUACUUGAAAAACAACAUGGAAACGGAAACCCUUUGUUCAGAUGAAGAUGCUCAGGAGUUGUUGAGAGAAAGUCAAAUUUCCCUACUGCAGCUCAGUACUGUUGAAGUUGCUACACAGCUCUCUAUGAGAAAUUUUGAACUUUUCCGCAAUAUUGAACCUACUGAAUAUAUAGAUGACUUAUUUAAACUCAAAUCAAAAACCAGCUGUGCCAACCUGAAGAAAUUUGAAGAAGUAAUUAACCAGGAAACAUUUUGGGUAGCAUCUGAAAUUCUGAGAGAGACAAACCAGCUGAAGAGGAUGAAGAUCAUUAAGCAUUUCAUCAAGAUAGCAUUACAUUGUAGGGAAUGCAAGAAUUUUAACUCAAUGUUUGCAAUCAUCAGUGGCCUAAACCUGGCACCAGUGGCAAGACUACGAACCACCUGGGAAAAACUUCCCAAUAAAUAUGAAAAGCUGUUUCAAGAUCUCCAAGACCUUUUCGAUCCCUCUAGAAACAUGGCAAAAUAUCGCAAUGUCCUCAAUAGUCAAAACCUACAACCUCCCAUAAUCCCUCUAUUCCCAGUUAUCAAGAAGGAUCUCACAUUCCUUCAUGAAGGAAAUGACUCAAAAGUCGACGGACUGGUCAAUUUUGAGAAGCUAAGGAUGAUUGCAAAAGAAAUUCGUCAUGUUGGCCGAAUGGCUUCAGUUAACAUGGACCCUGCUCUCAUGUUCAGGACUCGGAAGAAGAAAUGGAGGAGUCUGGGGUCCCUCAGCCAGGGCAGUGCAAACGCAGCAGUGCUGGAUGUUGCUCAGACCGGUGGUCAUAAAAAGCGGGUACGUCGUAGUUCCUUUCUCAAUGCCAAAAAGCUUUAUGAGGAUGCCCAGAUGGCUCGAAAAGUGAAGCAAUACCUGUCCAAUCUGGAGCUAGAAAUGGAUGAGGAGAGUCUUCAGACAUUAUCACUGCAGUGUGAGCCAGCAACCAACACAUUGCCUAAGAAUCCUGGUGACAAAAAGCCUGUCAAAUCUGAGACCUCCCCGGUGGCGCUGAGGGCAGGGCCGCAGCAGAAGGCCCAAGCCCAGCCCCAGCCCCCAGCUCACAGAGCCAACCAGGGACUGCAGGUGCCCGCCGUGUCCCUUUACCCUUCCCGGAAGAAAGUGCCUGUCAAGGAUCUCCCUCCUUUUGGCAUAAACUCUCCACAGGCUUUAAAGAAAAUUCUUUCUUUGUCUGAAGAAGGAAGUCUAGAACGCCACAAGAGGCAGGCAGAGGACACCAUGCCAGACGCAUCCUCACAGCUUCAUUCUCCCCCCGCCUCUCCACAGGGUUCUCCGAGGAAAGGUGGCAGUGGCGAUCAGCUGAGAUCUUUUGGCUCCGGGCAGUUGGACUUAACCAGUUCCUCCUCUUCUCUUGGAAGUGAGAACAGUAACAAGAAUAACAAUGCACCAUGGACCUAUGGGAUAGGUUAUACUUUGGCGCCCAGUGGUACUGUGGAUAAUUUUUCAGAUUCUGGUCACAGUGAAAUCUCUUCACGAUCCAGUAUUUUCAGCAAUUCUUCCUUUGACUCAGUCCCGCUGCACGAGGAGAGGCGCCAGAGGCAUUCUGUCAGCGUCGUGGAGGCGAACCUAGGGGCGGGCAGGCUGGAGAGGCGGGCCGUGAUUGAACCUGAUCAGUACAGCUUGGGGUCCUAUGCACCAAUGUCUGAGAGUCGGGGCUUAUAUGCUACAGCUACAGUAAUUUCUUCACCAAGCACAGAGGAACUUUCCCAGGACCAGGGGGAUCGUGCUUCACUCGAUGCUGCUGACAGCGGCCGUGGGAGCUGGACGUCGUGCUCCAGUGGUUCCCAUGAUAAUAUACAGACCAUCCAGCACCAGAGAAGCUGGGAAACACUGCCAUUUGGGCACACUCACUUUGAUUAUUCAGGGGACCCUGCAGGCCUUUGGGCCUCAAGCAGCCAUAUGGACCAAAUCAUGUUUUCUGAUCAUAGCACAAAGUAUAACAGGCAGAAUCAAAGUAGAGAGAGCCUUGAACAAGCCCAGUCCCGGGCAAGCUGGGCAUCUUCCACAGGAUACUGGGGAGAAGACUCGGAAGGUGACACAGGCACAAUAAAGCGAAGGGGUGGGAAAGAUGUUUCUGCUGAAGCUGAAGGCAGCAGCAUAGCCUCGGGGACCCCGGAAGAAACCAGACCUGUCCCCGCACCUGCCCACGUGGCCGCGACAUCCAGCACUGCAAAGGGACUUACUGCACGAAAGGAGGGCAGGUAUCGAGAGCCCCCGCCCACCCCUCCAGGCUACAUUGGAAUCCCCAUCACUGACUUUCCAGAAGGGCAUUCCCAUCCUGCCAGGAAACCACCAGACUACAAUGUGGCACUGCAGAGAUCUCGGAUGGUUGCUCGGCCCACUGACGUGGCAGGGCCUUCCCCUGUACAGCAGCCACAUGGGCAUCCUGUGAGCGGCAGGCCAGUAAACAAACCUCAGUGGCAUAAACCCAAUGAGUGUGACCCUCGCCUCGCUACGUAUCAGUCUCAAGGGUUUCCUCCCGAGGAGGACGAGGAUGAACAGGUAUCUGCUGUUUGAGGCACAGGUUCUUCUGGACCCGGAGUUAGCCAUCUAAGAGGAGAGCACAAGAAGACGCCCCAAGCAUUGGAGCCUUGGAACUCACAUACUGAGGAUGGCGGACCAGUUUGCCUCCUUCCCUGCCUUAAAAGCAGCAUGGGGCUUCUUCUCCCCUUCUUCCUUCCCCCUUUGCAUGUGAAAUACUGUGAAGAAAUUGCCCUGGCACUUUUCAGACUUUGUUGCUUGAAAUGCACAGUGCAGCAGUCUUCGAGUCCCCACUGUCGCUGCCUGCCACGUCACACGGUAUCAUUCCAAAUUCUGAGGUCAUCACAACAAGAUGAUUUACUCUGGCUGCACUUCUCAAUGCCUGGAAGGAUUUUUAAAACUCUUCCUUUUAGAUUUUGAUCCAGUCCUAGCACUUCUUCUCAUUGGGAUCAUGAGAAAAGCUAGCCAUUGAACUUCUUGGGGCUUUUAGCCCACCAAGGAAGACAGAGAAACAAGGAAAUCCUUUGAGUACAGUGCUUGUCCACUUGUUUACAAUGUCCUCCUUUUUAAAAAAAAUAAGUUUAAAGAUUGUGUUCCGUGAAAAAUGUUAUAUCCAUUUAAUGAUUACAGUAUUAUUUUGAACCUUUCAGUAGGGUUGCCAGCCUGGGUUUCUAAAAAACCAAAUAUGCCAGACAGGGUGUGGUCACACCAAGAAGAGGGGAAGACCUAGCAUGUAACCCUGUCUUUCUGUGUCCUUCUGGCCUCCCCCGUGAAGUGCCCUAUUCUGGAAGUAUAAGACGUUAGCCCAGUACUUAGAUACCAAGAUACCUCAUCCACUCCUUCCCCAGUGGGUGGGGUUCUUCUGUAAAACUGUUUGCACAUGGCCAGGGGAGGGAAAUAGGACUCUCAUGUCCUGUGUCUGAGCCUUAUGGAGUGCAGGACAGUGUCAUUGGAGGACAUGUGCUGCUCCAUUGAGAUGAAUGGCAAACCCUAUUUUUUUAAGUUAUGUUUCUUUGAUUUUUGCUAAUUUAGUUUUAGGGACUUUGUAUUUAAAGAGAAAUGUUUAUAACUGGAUAACAUUGCAGUUAAAGCAGCUUGGGAUGGAGCUAAUGCCAGCUGUUAAUACUGCACUUUCAAGACAGCCUCCCUUUAUUGAAUUGGCAUUAGGGAAUAAAUAAGCCUUUAACAUGAUAACAGAUCAAAAGAUCAAAAACCUGGUUAGCUAUGUCAGCCUUUGCAAGGUGGGUUAGUCACCAGACUGACCUGUAAGUGGCUUUAUGGACACUACAGACAGAGAAGGCCUAAGUGUAGCGACCUCCUGCUCACAGCUGCUAUUAACCCUCUAAUGACUGAAAUGACCCUUCCACUCUAUUUUUGUGUUGUUUUUGCACAGACUCCGGAAAAGUGAAGGCUGCCAAUCCGAGUAGUACUCAAAUGUGAGGAACUGCUGGUCUUGGAUUUUUUUUCCAUUAAAUUCAGCUGAUCAUAUUGAUCAGUAGAUAAACGUAAAUAGCUUCAAAUUUUAAAAGUCGAAUUGCAGUGUUUUUUCACUGUAUCAAACAAUGUCAGUGCUUUAUUUAAUAAUUCUCUUCUGUAUCAUGGCAUUUGUCUACUUGCUUAUAUAUUACAUUGUCAAUUAUGCGUUUGUAAUUUUACUUGUAAUAUGCAUUCUUUGCCAGUUUUAUUAUAUAGGCUAUGGACCUCAUGUGCAUAUAGAAAGACAGAAAUCUAGCUCUACCCCAGUUGCACAAAUGGUAUCUAAGCAUUAAGUAAUUGUAGAACAUAGGACUGCUAAUCUCAGUUCGCUCUGUGAUGUCACGUGCAGAAUGUACAAUUAACUGGUGAUUUCCUCAUACUUUUGAUACUACUUGUACCUGUAUGUCUUUUAGAAAGACAUUGGUGGAGUCUGUAUCCCUUUUGUAUUUUUAAUACAAUAAUUGUACAUAUUGGUUAUAUUUUUGUUGAAGAUGGUAGAAAUGUACUAUGUUUAUGCUUCUACAUCCAGUUUGUACAAGCUGGAAAAUAAAUAAAUAUAACAUA